AUGUCCGCGAGACAUGCGACCGAUAAUGGUAACUUGAAAAAAGAAGGUUGGACGGGGGUAAUGAAUGGGCUUGAUGACUAUUUAAACUUAAAACUCACUUGCGAUCAAAUCAAGAACCAGAAGAACGCAAUCCGAUCCCUCUUUUUUGACUACAAGUUCCUCUGUGAACAAUCGGGCUUUGGAAAAUUCACUGUCACAGCCGAUCAAGGGACCUGGGACGAGCUCAUUCAAGCUCAUCCAAGACGCAAUUUUGGCAAGCUGAAAGAUAAGCCGUUUCCAAUCUAUGAUCUGGCCGAACGUGUAUUUGUUGGGAAUUUUGCGACUGGCAAGAGUGUCAAUAAACACGUGCCGCCAGACGAAGUUCCUGUUAAGGUCCCCAAUGACUCAAACCCUGAGGCUAAUUUGACCAAUCCAACUCCAACUUCGAAAAAGAGAAAGAGUCAAAAGAAGAAGGAUAUCGUGGUCUCAAGUUCUUCCGACUCUGAUAGCAAUGUUUGA